CCCUCCUCCUCUCCUCCUCCUCUCCUCCUCCUCUCCGUGUUGGCUCUGAGUGAGAGGAAGAGAAAAGGGAAGAGGAAAGAGACAGACUGAGAUCAGCAGGCAGCGGGCGGAGGAAGAAACCACGCUCUACUCUGAUCAUUUGUCUUGGGAUGGAGGGAUAAAAGACGAUCCCAGGAAUCAUUCUGUCGUUCUUUUCCUCCACAGGAUUACACCUCUUUUACCAUCGUCUGUUUUAUCCUCCCUCAGCUCAGACACUUCUGGUCUGCUUCUUUCUUCAGCUACUGGUCUGUGUGCCCUGAGUGUGUGUGUGGCGUUAGUGUGUGUGUCACCUCCCGCUGUGCAGAGACGAAGAGGGAGUGUGUGACCCAACCCAGGGGGUCAGGGGAGAGAGCGAGGGGGUCGUGAGCGGGGGGCGUGCCCAGGGACUUACCCUCACACCGCUCUCCGUGUGUGUGACAGAGUGUGUGUGUUUGACAGUGUGUGUGUGACAGUGUGUGUGUGUGACAGUGUGUGUGUGUGACAGUGUGUGUGUGUUUGUGACAGUGCGUGUCUGUGACUCUGUGUUUGUGUGUCCUAGCCGGCUGGGCGGUCCCAGCAUCACGCUCCGUUAGCUAGGACCAGCGAGUUAGGAUGACAGGCUGAGUCCCAGCCUAGCCUCCACACACACAGAGCCUCCUCGCUGGGUGGCACCGAGGGCACAGCCCCCCUCUACCACCACACUCCUCCAGGACAGGACUGCUGCCCUGAUCUCUGUACCACAUUGUCUUCUAUCUACAUGACUCUAACCAUGUUCGGACUAAAAGCACCGCUCUACUACUUGCCAGGCAUGAGCCAUGAGCCAAAGUCACCUUCCUUAGGAAUGAUAUCCACGGCAACUCGCACCACCGCGACGGUCAGCCCCCUCACCCCGUCGCCCCUUAACGGAUCUAUCGUAGCCAAUGGGAGCCCGGCGGCCCAGUCCGCACACUCCGGAUUCGCCGCUGCCCUCCGUAAACUGGCCAAACAGGCUGAGGAUCCUCGAGCUGGCUCGUCCAUCAGUAGUGAAUCGUCUCCGGUCUCGUCCCCAGCCACCAACCACAGUUCUCCGGUGAGCACACCCAAGAGAGGCCCUCUGGGCCCAGGGCCUGUCCUGGUGCCACCUGGGGGCCACAGUGUGCCAAGCACCCCGCCCGUCGUCACCAUCGCCCCCACCAAGACCAGCAACGGCCUCUGGAGGAGCGAGGCACGCCAGGCUGACUCGGGCCCUCGUGGGGUCAGUAGGGAGCGUCUGGGGGCAGAGGCGCCCCACCAGCAGGAGAAAGGUGGCUCCUCAGUCCCUGCUCACCUCAUGGGAAACCCCUAUGCCUUUGGCCUGAGCCCCGGAGCUGUCAUGCAGGAUGCACGCUUCCAGCCCCUCAAUCUGCCCAGGCAGCUGCCCCAUGGAGUGCCCCCUGGUGGUGUACCAGAGGAGUACCUGCGGGGGUUCCGGCCCUACGCCACGGCCGAGGACCUCCGCAUGCCUUCUGGACUGCCCCUGGGCCUGGACCCUGCUGCAGCCGCCGCCUACUACCAUCCCUCCUACCUGCCACAUCCCUCCUUCGCCCCCUACAGGAUGGAUGAUCCGUUCUGUCUAUCAGCUCUGAGGUCACCGUUCUACCAGCUCCAAGGAGGGGGAGGCCUGCCCCCCCUGCACCCCUCUGCUGUCCACAUGCACUUGCAGGGGGUCCGCUACCCUGGGGACCUCACACACGCCUCACUGUCCGCUCUGCAGUCUGAGAGACUGUCUGAAAGGCUCCAGAUGGAAGAUGAGCUCCGGCAGCGAGAGAGGGUGCGCGAGCGUGAACGAGAGCGCGAGAAAGAGAGGGAGCGUGAGGCGGAGCGAGAGAAGGAGCGGGAGAGAGAAAGAGAGAGGGAGCGAGAAAGAGAGAAGGAGCUGGAGCGGGAGAGAGAGCGUGAGCGGGAGAGGGAGCGGGAGAGAGAGAAGGAGCGAGAGAGAGAGAGGGAGAUAGAGAGGCAGAAGGAGAGGCAGAAGGAGAGAGUGAUGAGAGAGAAGGAGCUACAGUCCAAGGCGAUGGAGAGUCACUACCUGGCUGAGCUCCAUGCCAUGAGAGGACAGGAGGACAGAACCAAGCCUGAGAGACUCACCCCCAACCGGCCAGACAAAACCAAAGAGCCCACCCUCCAAGCUCCUAAGCCAAUGCCACCAGGCCUCCACUCCUCCCUGAGCCAAUCACAUCACGGCGUUCCCGGCCUGGUCUCCGCCCAUGGCCUCUACCUGGGGCCCGGCGGGGUGGGGGUGGGGCUCACUGCCGCCAUGAUGCUCCAGCGGACCAAUGAGGAAGAGCGCUGGUUGGCACGGCAGCGGAUGCUUCGCCAGGAGAAGGAGGAUCGUCAGUACCAGGUGUCAGAGUUCAGACAGCAGGUUCUAGAGCAACACCUGGACCUGGGACGACCUGGGGAGGGAGGAGAGCUACGCUCAGACACACACAGGUCCAUACCAAAUCACCACGAGCCGGGUUGUCGCGACCUCCACCCCCACCUGGGCGCCCCUCCCCCCCUCAUCUCCCCCAAACCCCUCCAGUCCCGCGACCAUCCCCACCCCCCUCCCCCCACCACCCUGUGGAACCCCGCCUCCCUCAUCGAUACCGCCUCGGACUCACGACGCACCACCCACCACGACCCACCGGGUUUGGGCCACUACGACCUCAGCCGCUUGCCUCCCAAACUGGAGGAUGGGCUCCGGAGGGGCAGGGACCGGGACGGGGGCCUGGAGAAGUACCACCCCCCUCUCCGAGGCCCCCCGGGGAUGCCUGAGCCUAGUACCUUCCUGGCAGAGCUGGAGAAAUCCACCCAGACCUUCUUCAGCCAGCAGAGGGCCUCGCUGUCCCUGCCCAGCCAGUACGGAGAGCUGGGGGGAGGGAUGAAGAGCAGCGGGGCCCUGAAGAGCCUUCAGGGGCCCUCAGGGCUGGGGAGACAAAGCCAGGCCCAUGGACACAGUCUGGGCCAGGGAAUGGGGCCUGAGUCUGGCCUCAUGUAUGAUGACUUUCUCCAGCAGCACCGUAGACCUGUCAGUAAACUGGACCUGGAGGAGAGGAGGAGGAGAGAGGCCAGGGAAAAAGGUUACUACUAUGAGCUGGAUGACUCGUAUGAUGAGAGUGAUGAGGAGGAGGUCAGGGCCCACCUCAGGAGGGUAGCAGGGCAGCCCCCUCUCAAACUGGACGACUCCACGGAGAAAGUGGACUUCCUGUGUGUGUUUGGUCUGACCACGGUAUCACGACAUGACCUCCUGGUGCAGCAGAAGAGGAGGAAGAGGAGGAGGAUGCUGAGGGAGCGUAGCCCCUCGCCCCCGGCUGUUCUGUCCAAACGUACCCCUCCUCCCCCGCCCCCCCUCAGCACCCACUUCACCCCAGAGGAGAUGGACAGAGCCCCCGAACUAGAAGACAAGAAACGCUUCCUCACCAUGUUCAGUCUGUCCCACGUCUCUGUACAGCAGAGGAGAGAUAAUGAGACAGUGGUAGAGUUGCUUCAGGCCAUUAAACAGAAGAGCGUAACCUUGGAUACCAUCAGACAUGCCCCUCACCCCCUAUGUAAGACCCCCCCAGCACAGAAGUCAGAUCCUGCCUCAGCACUUUUCAGCGAAUCAGAUGAGCCACUCAGUGUCAGUCCCUCCUCCCCCGGCGGACUCCUGGGGCAGCCUAAACCUCCCUCCUCCUCUGACGCACUGAGACCAAAGGACCCCCCUCCUCCACUCCCCUACCCGGAAAAGACCCGUGGGCUCCCUGAGGGCCCCUCCUCCAAGAGGAGCGCAUCGUCCAGCCUGCUGAAUAGCCUGCGGCCCCCCGUGCAGCCUAAAGAUGCUCCCCCCAGCCUGAACGGCCGGACCAAGCCCUGGGAGAGCUUUACUGCUGAAGAGUUUGCCCAGCAGUUCCACGAGUCUGUCCUCCAGUCCACACAGAAGGCCCUGCAGAAGCACAAAGGUGGAGCCACAGUGAUCUCAGCGCCCUCUCACCUCCAGGACUCCUCAGUGCACUACAACAUUCCAGAGCUGCAGAGCACCCCCAGCCGGCCGCCCCCGCCACACACACACCCGCACGCACACUCCAUCCAACACCCGCACUCACACCCGCUCCCCCAGCCCAAUGGGCAGCACUGUCCCCCGCACCCCCACCGAGAGCCCCCAGGAGCGAGGGAGGAGCAGUCUGCACCAGAGGACUCAGAAGAAGACGAGGAAGAGGAGGAAGAGGAGGCCCCAGUACCCAGGUGGCAGGGGAUUGAAGCGAUCUUUGAAGCCUAUCAGGAAUACAUUGAAGAGCAAGGUGUGGAGCGCCAGGUGCUGCAGAGCCAGUGUCGGAGACUGGAGAACCAGCAGUACAACCUGAGCCUGACAGCAGAGCAGCUCUCCCACAGCAUGGGGGAAUUGAUGUCUCAGAGACAGAAGCUGGCGGUGGAGAGGGAGAAGUUACAGGCCGAGUUGGAGCACUUCAGGAAGUGUCUGACGCUGCCGCAGCCCCACUGGGCCAGGGGAGGGCACUACAAGGGUUACCCCCCCAGGUGACAGCUCCACAGGAGAGAGGGAUGGAUUCAUGGAUUCAUUGAUAGAUGGAUGGGGCUGCUGCCAGCCUGCCAGGGACGGUGCCACCAGCCAGUGGUCUGUGCUAACCCUGGGGUCAGAGGGAGCAACAGGCACACACAGGGCAAAGCUCUAGGACUGCAUGGUCAACACACACACAAACAUACAGAGGAACACACUCACACCAUUCUCUUCAGCAGGCACCAGUUACUCUCUUACAUUGCAGUCCCAGCCCCGUCCUGGGCUCCCCUCACAGCCACUCCCACACGGACAAUCCUGCAACCGGAGAGCAGCUCAGCCCUGGAAUGGGUGUGGUCACGUGACAAAGCGCCAUCUACCACCAAUCCAAUGCCCCUACCUCUGGCCAAUCGGACAGGACUGAACCUCCCAGCAUCUCUCCUGGCGGCAGGUCAGGCCAGCUUUCAAACUUGAACUGCACUUAAAGAGAAAGACCUGAAGAACUACCUGGUGGUACUGUGUUACGACAAAGAACUGUGUUCAAAUUAGGGAAGAACUUACAAAAUGCACAUUUUGGAAUGAAUAAAGGAAAUGUUUUAUUUCGAGAUGAGAAUAAGAAUUUAAAAGGUGCUUCAGCCUUGUAUUGUAAAUAAUAUUAAGACUAAAAAUAAUUUUGUAUGUUUUUAUUACUUUAAUCAUUGUUCUUUUAAGAAGAAGAAAAUAAGCCUGCCAUUUUUUUAUAUGUUUAUGCUUUUUUGGUUGAAACAGAAAGCUUUGCUGUUAGUGUUUGUUCUGCUGCUGGUCAUGACUGCCCUGUUCGGAGGUGUAGAUUGAAGGAGAAAAGGAGAGAGAGAACAUGCUCCACUCCUCUCCUCCUCUCCCCCUUUGACCCAGCCAUGUGUGCAGCCGUAGCAGCAGCCUGAGCUCCAGCCACAGCCCUCCCUCCCCUGGCCUCCAGGCCCCCUAAGGCUCACUGAGAUGGGGGUAAGACCUAACUCCAGGCCCCACAGCCCUCCCUCCCCUGGCCUCCAGGCCCCCUAAGGCUCACUGAGAUGGGGGUAAGACCUGACUCCAGGCCCCACAGCCCUCCCUCCCCUGGCCUCCAGGCCCCGUAAGGCUCACUGAGAUGGGGGUAAGACCUGACUCCAGGCCCCACAGCCCUCCCUCCCCUGGCCUCCAGGCCCCCUAAGGCUCACUGAGAUGGGGGUAAGACCUGACUCCAGGCCCCACAGCCCUCCCUCCCCUGGCCUCCAGGCCCCGUAAGGCUCACUGAGAUGGGGGUAAGACCUAACUCCAGGCCCCACAGCCCUCCCUCCCCUGGCCUCCAGGCCCCCUAAGGCUCACUGAGAUGGGGGUAAGACCUGACUCCAGGCCCCACAGCCCUCCCUCCCCUGGCCUCCAGGCCCCGUAAGGCUCACUGAGAUGGGGGUAAGACCUGACUCCAGGCCCCACAGCCCUCCCUCCCCUGGCCUCCAGGCCCCCUAAGGCUCACUGAGAUGGGGGUAAGACCUAACUCCAGGCCCCACAGGCCUCCCAGAUCCAUGCACUCCGUCAGAACACCAGCCCCACACAGAACCCCUCCUGUCAGGAACAGCAGGUUUUACCACUCUCCCUGUGUGCGUAGUUACCCAUGGGAAAGAGUGAGUGACAGUUACUGUGUCAUCCUUUAUUUUCUCUCUCUCCUUUUUCCCCCUUCAGCUCUAGUCCAGGGAUGGGCGCUUAGUAGAACUGAUAACUAGACCCAUCUCUCUGGACCUUAUCAUUAAGCACGAGGGGCACAACACCCAUUAUGAUGAGACAUUCAUAUCACUAAACCCACAGAGAGGAGGGAACAAUGCAGACAAUACCACGUCAAGAUUCUUCUCCUUUGUGUUUGCCAUAAAAGGAAAUAGUGCCAAAAAGUAGCCCUCCCUCACACAAAAUAUCAUGAGACUUUUUUAAACCUCCAAAUAGAGUAAUUAAACUAACUCCCUGAAUUUAAAUGACCAUCCCACUUCUAAACAUAUUAUAUUACUACAUUGUUCCCACUUAUCAUAAUGUCAAAUCCCUUGCCAACAAUUGGUUAAUGGUCCAUUUUUUUUCACUUCAGGGCCCUCAAAUCCAAAGUCAAUUAAAGGUUCUCUUUUGCCAAGUAUAUGAAUCAUUGCCCUGAACUGCACUGUGCAUCUAUAGUGUGUGUUUUCAUGCCUGCAUCAGUGUCCACCUCGCUGCUGGCCAUAGCUGUCUCCUGUGUCUCAGUACCCCUGUUCCCCAGUCUCUCUAUUCCCCUACCUUCCUUCUGUGGGAGUGUCUGGCCUUUUAGCCUUGCAGGAGGACCUCCGGCAGCAUAUAUCGCAGUGCAGCGUGGGUAUUGUAGUGCUGUCAGUCUGAGUUGACAAGGCUUUGAGUAUGUAGUCCUAAAGGGGUUCUGUUUGAACUCCAGUCUGAUGCUGUGGAUGUGAGAUGGCAGGGAGGGGAGGGUGGCUGCAGGUCUGGUCCCUACAUCCCUCUUUGUUCCACUCCUGGUGAGCUCUCAGCGGGACACCCAGUUAGGGAGGCGGAACCAUGUUUACAGACCAGAGCAGAGCUACGAUAGGACCACCACUUGUCAAUCAGACAGCAAGCGCUACCACUGAGUUAAGCAGCCAAUGAGUUAGCGGGAGGACGUUACGCCCUUCCCCAGAGCCUCCUUACUCUACCACGCACGCACAUGCAAUAGCCCCCUGACUCUGUGGAGGAUGUCUAGACUCUAGAUGCUGUGAAACUCUGAUUUUAAAAUGUACUUGUUUGAAUUAAUUGUAAUGUAAUAUAUUAUUUGUUGAAUGUAGUAAUUAGGUAUUUAUGAAUAUAUUGCUGUAAUUUCAGACAAAAAAAUAAAAGAAAAUAUUUCAAAAAUGUA